GUCCAGAAACGCCAGCAUUGCGCUGGAGAAUGCUCCUAUGUACCGCACUGGCCUGCAACACUCCUUCGUCAAGUUCGGAGGAAAAUAUUCUGCCCAAUACAAGAUGGGUCUGUCCGCCUCCCUCUCCUCCAUCGGAUCCAUGGACAGCUAUGAGAGUAAUGUUUUUCGUCUGGACUCUGUCAUCUACGGACUUUACUCUCAGCUCUUCGAGGUGGGUGCUGGCCACGGAUCCAGUCUUAACUAA